AUGGAGAGCGAAGUGGGCAAGUACCUCUCUCGUUUUUACAGCGGGGCCAUAACCGUCCAGCAAAUGACAGACAUGAUGCAAGCUAUGGGAAGUAGUGCCAAUGACUCCAAAAACUACAAGAUAUUUGAGGGUAUUCUUAAUGUGUUGCUGUCGGAGUGUAAAUUUUACCCAAAGUACCCUGCAGAAGAACUAAGGCUAACGGCCGAACUUUUUGGGUCCCUCUUAGACAGGAAGCUUUUCCUCCACCGCAUAGAGCAGCUGGCAGCUGCUCUGGAUUUUAUCCUCGAGGGACUGCGGCAAAGCGUAAGCACUAAGCUAUAUCAAUUUGGGUAUAUUGCACUGAUGCGUUUCCAGGGCAACGUAAUGCAAUACCCUUCCUUUGCGACUAGAUUAUCUACGAUUCCUACCAACGAUAUAGCACUGGAAAGCCUGCAGCGUUCAUGCAUUGAAUUUGUUAGGUCUCUGCCCGAGGAGGAGAGGAAUCUUAUUUGUCUGGACCAGGGCCCACCCGGGCCUAGACAACAAACUACAGCGCCCAUAACCCAUGGGGAAAAUGACGUGCAAAGCCCCUUCCAGCUGAUAAACCAGAUAAUAAAAUGGGAAGGCACUAAGGAGGACCGUUCUGGCCUUGAACUGAUCGGCACCAGCAAGCUAAAGGGGGGAAUGGAAUCUUUUGGCGCUGGAGAAAUGGAGCGACUGAUGGAUAAGAUCGCUGAGCACCCCUGCAUAACCCCGCCCCGGGCCCAGAUAGCAGAGAGAGUUUUCGGGGCGUUCAACAACAUAUGCGCGGCAAAUGUAUCAAUCAAGGCCUCUGAGAUAGCCCCGCUUAUUGAACCACAGCAUCUGAAUUGGCUGUCCCUAUACAUCGUUAAGUGCCGGGCGAGCAAAGAGCCCAAUCUGCAAGACGUAUUCGUCAGAUUUGUCGAGCUACUGGGGAUACCCAAAAUCUUUGACCUAGUGCUGACCAUCACCUACGCAUGCAUUAAGGUCUGCCUCCAGUACACCGAAGAGCUGAAACUCUUGGCUUCAUACCGAACGCUUUUGAAGAAUUUAGGGCUAUGGCUGGGGAAGGUGACUCUGGCAAGAGACGUGCCCAUAAUGUCAAGGCAUGUGGAUCUAAAAGCACUGACAAUUGAAGCCUACGAACGGGGCCACCUCUAUUGCAUGCUACCAUUCACGAUCAAGACGCUCGAGGGGGUGCGGGAGAGCAAGAUUUUCAAACCCCCAAACCCGUGGACUGUGGCACUGCUAUCGCUUUUGAUUGAGAUCCAUGACCUGCCGGACCUUAAGACAAACCUCGUCUUUGAGAUAGCGCUGCUUUUUAAUUCGAUUGGAGUGGACAUAGACAGCGAGCGGGGGAGGCUGAAGCGGAAUAGCCUCGAGUCCAGAAGUAGGUCGCUGGACCCAGCAGAUUUUGUCCCCCAGGUGGCACCGCAGGACGCAGCAAAUACAGCAAACACAGCAAAUACAGCAAAUACAGCAAACACAGCAAAUACAGCAAAUACAGCAAAUACAGCAAACACAGCAAAUACAGCAAAUACAGCAAACACAGCAAAUACAGCAAAUACAGCAAACACAGCAAAUACAGCAAAUACAGCAAACACAGCAAACACAGCAAAUACAGCAAAUACAGCAAACACAGCAAACACAGCAAAUACAGCAAACACAGCAAACACAGCAAAUACAGCAAAUACAGCAAACAUAGCAAACACAGUAAACACAGCGCAUGCGGCACAGAAUGCCUCGCUCGUAAACCUCAUCGUGCAUGUGAUGAACAGGGGCCUCUUCACGGCCCAUGGACUGGCCGUCGGAGAGGUAAAACCACCCAUAGACACUCCCAUACUCGAAUACGGGGGCUACGCAGACAUGUUUCUAAAACAAUUACCCAAACUAGUGGUCAUCUCGCCCACCAUAGCCCUGUUCGAAAUACAGCCGCACCUCAAGUCCAUCAUACCGCUGGCCGUGGACCGAGCGGUACGUAAAGUGCUGCCCGGAAUAGAACGCCACUGCAUAUCCAUUGCCAAGGUAGCCUCCAUCCAUCUGGUCUCAAAGGACUUUUCUGCCCACGACGGCGAACUGGCCCGCCGGGCCGCCCGUCUAUCGGCCUCGUCCCUGGCUGGCUCCCUGGCACUGGUCACCUGCAAGGAGCCGCUGAGGCUGGCCUGCCAUGAGUCCCUUCGACUGGCACUGCAGCAGCACAGGACAAAGGACAGCAAUGACCAGAUUUUGAUCGAACAGAUAGUCCAGGUUUUGACCAACGACAACCUAAUGGUCAUCAGCCAAAUAGUGACAAAGGCGGUCGUCGAGCGGGCUUCAAAGCUGUUUGAAGAUUUUUUCCCCUCCGAACCCCAGCCUUUUGGGGAGGUACCAAUCAAGCUUCCUCCCUACCUACAGCUGUCCAACCCCCCCUCCCCGGCCCAGCUCAACGUCUACAGACACCUCGUAUCUGAGGCCGAGGCCGAAGGGGCGGACGCGGCGCCAGAGCAGCAGGAGCCAUCUCUCCGGGCCCAGGACGCGGUGCAGGCCGGUAUUCGGGCCAGGGGGGAGGGGGACGCGGCGCAGGCCGCCGCCAUUGGCGGCCCUCUCUACGAGCUGUCGUUCGACAGCGAGCUGGUGGCACACCUUUUACUGCUGUACUACAGGGCCGAGGACGAGGUAAUGGCCCGGCAGGGCGGCGAAGCGGGGCCGCAAGCGCAGGACGUGGUCCGACUGAUUGUCGACGGGCUGCCGCAGGGGCUCAUCGCGUCUCUGGCGGAGGGGCUCGGGGAUUCUUCAGCCCCGGCGAAGCAGGACAUUUGCGAGGGGCUGUUGGGUCUUUUUUGCAGCUCGUUUUGGGGCUUCCAGCCCCGCGCCAAGCUGGCGACCCAGGCCGAGCCGGGCGGGCCCCCGCGGCGCACCGGCGGCGCCUUGGACGUAAGCCAGAUAGCCGCGGGCCAGCAGCUGUUCCAGCGCAUGAUAAGGCGCUGGACAGCCCUGUGCCGUGAUCCCAUGAUAAACACCCAAGGCACCCGCCUGGGGUACGUGUGGACCAAGUUUGACGAGAAGAUGAGGCUAUCAUCCGCGAUGGAGCGGCUGGGCAGGCCCGAGUUUUACAGGAGCCUCUUGCCUUGCGUCCCCGAGUCGGACUUUGACUGUCUGAUCAAGCUGGUGCAGGGGAUCGACCUGUUAGAGAAGCUCAAGGUCCCGGCCAACCUGCGGGCGCUGGUGGACGCUGCCUGCGACGACGCCUUGAAUGGGGGUUUGGAGGGUGGGCAGCAGCGGACCUGCAGACUGUUUUUACAGCUUAUAGACGGGUAUCUCGCCACGCCAACAUCUUUGGGCCUCACCGCCGCCUCUUUGAUUGCCCAGGCGCUUUUGCGCCUCUUUCCCCUGUCCUCUUCGGAGGCCCCCUCGACCCCCUUUGGCGGGUGGUACAAAGUCGCCUCCCACGCCCACCUCACGACCAAGCUUCUCUCUGCCCCCGCGCAAUGGCCGCUUCUUUUCCAGCUCCUCAAGCGCAUUAUUAUACACGACUCUGCCUUCAACGGCCUGGCCGCGGAGGACUCCGGCUCCCAGGUGGCCAUGAUUCUUUGCGACAUUUCCAUCGGCUGCCCAGAGUUUAUCGUAAAGUACCACAUGCCGUUGCUAUCGCACCUGCCCCAGUCCCGCAGGGACCUUUGGAACCUGGUCACCUCUGCGGCCCCCAGGAACUCGGUCAUCCCGGAUCCGCGCGCCUGUGACGAGGUCGAGCUGUUGCCGGGGUCGUCUGUGGAUGUAGAUCGUCCGAUAUUUAGCACGCUUCUUCUGCACGGGCCGCUGCUGGCGGCCAUUGAACAGUUCUUAAGGAAGGUUGCCGCGCCGAUCGACGACAUUCAGGAGUUUGACCUUCUCGUUACGAUUCGCAAUUCUUUCUAUUCGCACCUGCAUCGCCUCCACCUGAGGCACAGACCCGAUCUGCUGGCGGGCUCUGAUUUUAGCGAGGACUGCCUCGACUAUACGUUAACCCUACAGCUGCUCUUCUCGCUCUUGUCCCUGCAGUAUGAGCGGUCUAGCGACGAGUCCCUGCAGGCGCAGCUCAAUUCCCUCGUGUUGUUCCUCCUCAUGUCGACCGAGGGGAACGUGCGCAAAUGGCUGAUCAAGGCGCUGACCGCUUUUCUGCGGUAUCCCAACAGGCAGACGCUGCACUUUUCUAAGCUCUAUCAGUGGCUGGUGCUGGAGGGCAGGGACGGCCAGCUGGGCUUUGAGCUCGUGCACGAGGUGUACACUGCGCUGAGCUGCCCAAAGCCGCAGGCCUGGGGAGUUACGCUCGUCCUGCUGGAGGUCCUCAAGAUGGAUGUUAGGUCAAUGGGCGCCUUCGCCAACAGGCAGGAGUUCUUGGAGCAGCUCUUUGCCCUAGUGCAUAGGCUUUUUGGCGGCGACGUGCCGGGUGCCCACUGCGACCCCGCCUGGAACACUUGGAAUGGCCCUCAUUAG